CACACCCACCCCUUUCUUCUCUCUUUUUCUGGUCCUCUACACCGAUUCCUCUGCAAAUGAAUUCCAGCCGUAAGAUUCCCCACAAUUUCAACCCCUUUCGUUCAUUUCCACUAAACUAAUAACUCCCCAUGGAACAAUAUCCCCAUCAUGUAUAUAUGUCAGUGAGUGACAAAUUCAUAUCCUCUUCUACUUAGUGUUCUGUGUUCAUCAUCCUCUGUUUUUCAUGUCUGCUCCAAAACAAAGCUCUGAAGAAAAUGGUGAGGAAGUUGGCAGGAAAGAAGACAAUGAUAAGUUCAGAAGGGAAGAGAUUAAAGACGCCAUUGCUAAAGCUGUGGAGCUCCGGGCUCUCCACGCCGCUCUUGUGCAGGGCGGCGGCAGCCCUGCCGCGGCGGCGAAUCUGAGAUUUUCUUUAGCUUCCCCUGUUUCUUCUCAUCAUCUUCAUCCUCACUUUUCUGCUCUAGAUUACCCUGUUUUCACACCUAGUUAUGAAGAUGAACCAUUGCCCGGCUAUAAACAGCUAGAAAGCCGAAGUUGUGCUGAAACUCCAGACGAAUAUAAUCUCAGAGGAACAGAAAGUGGAAACGAAUCGGUUUUAUCAGAUAAUAACAAUUACUAUUGCCCAAAACCAAAACCUUCUUUAAGGAAGAUGGCUACUACUCCCUUUGUCAAUAUGGGAGAUUCACCUCAAAGUUUUUUGACUGACCAAACCUCACUCCCUCCCAGAGCUUCUCCAGCAGGUAACCAUGUUAUGCCACCACAAUCAGACUCCCACUCUUCUGCUCAAUCACAGCAGCCAAAGAACAAAGGGCUGAUGUUCUCCUGGUUGUUUCCUCGGGUUAAAAAGAAAAGCAAGAGCGAAUUUUCACCAAUGAGGACAGAAUCCGAGGGUGUCUCUCAAAUCUAUACUAAUGACAACGAUAUCGGGUUCGCAUCCAUUGAAGCAUUGAAGAAACAGCUAAAAGAAGCGAAUGAGAGCAGAGAUGCAGCAUUGAGGGAAGUUGCAGAAACUAAGUCUUCUAUAGCAGAACUAAGCGGGAAAUUGGAGUACUUGGAGAGAAACUGUGAAGAACUAAAGAAUGCCUUAAUUGUAGCUGCAAAAGAUCACUCCCAGCUCGGCAGCAUGAAGCUUAAAAGUCUUCCGAGAAUCGUGGACGGAGGAGGAAAAUCGAUGCCGGUGAGCGAGGAAGUAAUGCUGGAGGGGUUCUUGCAAGUGGCAUCGGAGGCAAGAUUAUCAGUUAAGCAGUUCUGCAAAACCCUAAUUUCUCGAAUUGAAGAAGCAGACGGUUCUAAUUUAUCUGAUAACUUGAACCUUCUCCUUCAACCGUACAGAUUAACCCUAAAUUCGAAGUACUCAAAGGCGGUUCUGUAUCAUUUGGAAGCAAUCAUAAACCAGACGCUCUAUCAGGACUUCGAGAAUUGCGCAUUCGUGAAGAACGGCUCACCAAAGCACUUAAACCCCGACGACGAACGCCAAUCGCAAUUCUCCUCGUUUGUGGCCUUGAGAGACCUUAGCUGGAACCAAGUGUUGAAGAAGGGGACAAAGUAUUACAGUGAGGAAUUCAGCAAGUUCUGCGAUCAGAGAAUGAGUUUUGUAAUUACCGCUCUGAACUGGAACACGACAUGGCCGGAGCAGCUUCUCCAGGCGUUCUUCGUCUCCGCUAAGUGCAUCUGGCUUCUGCAUCUGCUCGCGUUCUCAUUUUCCCCGCCAUUGGUGAUCCUUAGGGUUGAAGAGAACAGGCCUUUCGAAGCUCCUUUCAUGGAGGAUGUUUUUGCGGAUAGGCAGAGAUCACAAGGUCCGGGUCGGGUUAAGGUCAUGGUCAUGCCCGGGUUUUACGUGCAGGAUAGGGUGCUUAGGUGUAAGGUUAUCUGUAGGUACAAAUCUGCAACCUAAAACUCUAAAAGGGCUUGCAAAAAAAAAGGGCUUGCAAAGUUUCCAUCAAAGUAUAGGGUACCCUAAAAAAAGCACAAAAGUUUUAAAAUCAGUUCCUUCCGCCCUAUGAUGGGUCCGGUUUCUCUACCCGGCUUUGGCAGUCAGGUGCACCGGAGUACAUGUCACUCCCCUCCCUCCUGUUCUUACUACUAUUGGAUCUGUGCCAAUCAGUGUGUCGUAGAUAGAGGAUCAACCCCCCCCCCCCCCCCUGAUAUGUGAAUUUUUAUAUUUAUAUUUGACGCUUUAACGAGUAUGUAUGUAUGUAUGUUUCACGACAGUUAGUUAGAGCAAUCUAGAAAUCAAUGUUUCAAAGUUUUAAUCGAA